AACCCUGAGGAACGGAUUUACCUCAGAGAUCCUGGCACCUCCAACCCAACACAUGCUACUGCUGCUGCUACUGCUGCCACCCCUGCUCUGUGGGAGAGUGGCAGCUAACAAACAGAAUGAUUACCAGCUGAAGAUGCAGAAGUCCGUGACGGUGCAGGAGGGCCUGUGUGUCUCUGUGCUUUGCUCCUUUUCCUACCCCCAAAAUGGCUGGAAUGACUCCGAUCCAGUUCAUGGCUACUGGUUCUGGGCAGGGUCCCAUACAGACCGGGAUGCUCCAGUGGCCACAAACAACCCAGCUCGGGCAGUGCGGGAGGAGACUCGGGACCGAUUCCACCUCCUUGGGGACCCACAGACCAAGAAUUGCACCCUGAGCAUCAGAGAUGCCAGAAGCAGUGAUGCAGGGAAGUACUUCUUUCGUGUGGAGACAGGAAAGACAAAAUGGAAUUAUAAUUAUGUCCCGCUCUCUGUGCAUGUGACAGCGUCCCAGGCCCUACUGUCAAGAUACAGGCUGGAGGUGCCAGAGUCGGUGACCGUGCAGGAGGGCCUGUGUGUCUCUGUGCCCUGCAGUGUCCUUUACCCCCAUUACAACUGGACUGACUCUAGCCCUGUUUAUGGAUACUGGUUCAAGAAAGGGGCCCAUAUACUAUGUGAUAUUCCGGUGGCCACAAACAUCCCAAGUGGAAAAGUGCAGGAGGAAACCCAGGGCCGAUUCCUCCUCCUUGGGGACCCACAGACCAACAACUGCUCCCUGAGCAUCAGAGAUGACAGGAAGGGGGAUUCAGGGAACUACUACUUCCGGCUGGAGAGAGGAAGCAGGAAAUGGAACUAUAUAUAUGACAAUGUCUCCCUUUCAUUACCAGCCCUGACUCACAUGCCUGCCUUCUCCAUCCCGGGGACCCUGGAAGCUGGCCAGCCCAGGAACCUGACCUGCUCUGUGCCCUGGGCCUGUGAGCUGGGGACGGCCCCCAUGAUCACCUGGAUGGGGGCCUCUGUGUUCUCCCUGGACCCCACUAUCACCCGCUCCUCGAUGCUCAGUCUCAUCCCAAAGCCUGAGGACCACGGCACCAGCCUUACCUGUCACGUGACCUUGCCUGGGGCCGGCAUGACCACAACCAGGACUGUCCAACUCAACGUAUCCUACCCUCCUCAGAACUUGACCGUGACUGUCUUCCAAGGAGAUGGCACAGCAUCCACAACUUUGAGGAAUGGCUCAGCCCUUUCAGUCCUGGAGGGCCAGUGUCUGCACCUCGUCUGUGCUGUCGACAGCAAUCCGCCUGCCAGGCUGAGCUGGACCCGAGGGAGCCUGACCCUGUGCCCCUCACAGCCCUUGAAUCCUGGAGUGCUGGAGCUGCCUCGAGUGCAUGUGAAGGAUGAAGGGGAAUUCACCUGCCGAGCUCAGAACCCUCUGGGCUCCCAGCACAUUUCCCUGAGCCUCUCCCUGCAAAAUGAGUACACAGGCAAAAUGAGGCCUGUAUCAGGAGUGACGUUGGAGGCGGUCGGGGGAGCUGGAGUCACAGUCCUGGUCUUCCUGUCCUUCUUCGUCAUCUUUGUUGUAGUGAGGUCCUGCAGGAAGAAAUCAGCAAGGCCAGCAGCGGGCGUGGGGGAUACAGGCAUGGAGGAUGCAAACGCCAUCAGGGGCUUGGCCUCUCAGGGACUCCUGAUUGAAUCCCCGGCAGAUGAGAGCCACCCAUACCAUGCUCCCCCCGCCCUGGCUGCCCCAUCCCCAGAGGAAGAAGAGAUCCACUAUGCAUUCCUCAGUUUCCACAAAGUGAGGCCUCAGGACCCACAGGAAGAGGAGGCCACCGGCUGUGAGUACUCCGAGAUCAAGAUGCCCAAGUGAGAAACUGCAGAGACUCGGGCCUGUUUGAGUGUUUACAACCCCUCCAGCAAAGAUGCCCCAGGCUGAUUCCUGUAGAAUUAACAGCCCUCCAUGCUGUGCAACAGGACAUCAGAGCUUAUUCCUCCUGUCUAACUGAAAAUGCGUGCCUGAUGACCAAACUCUCCCUUUCUCCAUCCAAUCAGUCCACAUUCCCCGCCCCGGUCUCUGGUACCCAUCAUUCUCUUCUCUAGUUCUCUGAGGUUGACUAUUUUAGGUUCCAAAUAUAGUGAGAUCGUAGAGUGUU